GUCGGAAGUCAAAGGUCAGUAAAUAGUGGUGAUGUCAUGAGGCAAGAUGGCGGAAGGAGAGGACGUGGGAUGGUGGCGGAGCUGGCUGCAGCAGAGCUAUCAGGCGGUCAAAGAGAAGUCCUCUGAAGCCUUGGAGUUCAUGAAGCGGGACCUGACAGAGUUCACCCAGGUGGUGCAACAUGACACAGCCUGCACCAUCGCAGCCACGGCCAGCGUGGUCAAGGAGAAGCUGGCUACUGAAGGCUCCUCGGGGGCAACAGAGAAAGUGAAGAAGGGGUUGUCUGACUUCCUAGGGGUGAUCUCAGACACCUUUGCCCCCUCACCGGACAAAACCAUUGACUGCGAUGUCAUCACCCUGAUGGGCACACCCUCUGGCACAGCUGAGCCGUAUGAUGGCACCAAGGCUCGCCUCUAUAGCCUGCAGUCAGACCCAGCAACUUACUGCAAUGAACCAGAUGGGCCCCUGGAAUUGUUUGAUGCCUGGCUAUCCCAGUUCUGCUUGGAGGAGAAGAAGGGGGAGAUCUCAGAGCUCCUUGUAGGCAGCCCCUCCAUCCGAGCCCUCUACACCAAGAUGGUUCCAGCAGCUGUUUCUCAUUCAGAAUUCUGGCAUCGGUAUUUCUAUAAAAUCCAUCAACUAGAGCAGGAACAGGCCCGGAGGGAUGCCUUGAAGCAGCGGGCAGAACAGAGCAUCUCUGAAGAGCCUGGCUGGGAAGAGGAAGAAGAAGAGCUUGUAGGCAUUUCACCCACAUCUCCAAAAGAGACAAAGAUUACUGUGGCCAAAACUUCCACAUUCCCUGAAGGAGCACUUGGCCCCCAGAGCCCCUGUGAAGAGAAUCUGGUGACCCCAGUUGAGCCCCCAACAGAGGUGACUCCAUCAGAGAGCAGCGAAAGCAUCUCUCUUGUGACACAGAUUGCCAACGCUGCCACCACACCUGCGGCACCAGUGCUGCCCAAGGACCUGUCCCAAAAGCUGCAAGAGGCAUCUUUGGAGGAACAGGGCCAAGCUGUGGAUGUGGGCGAGACUGGACCCCCACCCACAAUUCACUCCAAGCCCCUAACCUCUGCUGGCCGCCCCAGUGGCCCAGAGCCCAGGCCUCCAGCCAGAGUAGAGACUCUGAGGGAAGAGAUGCCCACAGACUUACGGGUGUUUGAGCUGAACUCGGACAGUGGGAAGUCUACACCCUCUAACAAUGGAAAGAAAGGCUCAAGCACGGACAUCAGUGAGGACUGGGAGAAGGACUUUGACUUGGACAUGACUGAAGAAGAAGUGCAGAUGGCACUUUCCAAAGUGGAUGCCUCCGGUGAGCUGGAAGAUGUAGAGUGGGAGGACUGGGAAUGAGAGGAGCUAGAGCAAGCAGCUCCCCCGCCCGCGCACCUCCCAUCUCCCUCACUCGUCUCAGCCUGGCCCUGGAAGACACUGACUGAGAAUGUCCCCCUAAUGGCGUCUGCCAACCAGAGCUCUGGGCACAGAUUCUGGGUGGCUCCCUGGUGGCCCUUUGGGCCUGUGCUCACACCUGAGAAGGGGCUAUAAAUCCAAACCAGGACUCUGACUUGUGCCAACCAUAGGAUGACCUAAGGGGGAGGAAACCUAACCCCUCACCGGAAGAGCCUACUUUCUGAACACCCACUGUUCCUGGGGACUCCUGCUGGGAAGUCCCAAGGGAUGGUUCUGGCCCUUCUGCCUGUGUAGACUGAAGCUAAACCACCAUUCUCUUGGAGGAAGCUAAGACAACACAGUCUAUCCACCCAUAAGCAGGCAAGGAUGGCCAUGCCAUCUGCCCUUGGCUAAACAGGGACAGUGAGCACAUUUUGGUUCCUAUCUCAGUGGGUAAGAGGCACUCAUCUCUGGGAAAUUUGCUUCUCUUGGGAAUCUCCCCCUUCCAGGCAUUUUCCAUUCCUGGAAAGUUUCCCUGGGGUUCAGAAUCUAGAGACCAAACCCUGAUCUGCCUCCUUCCUUUUCUCCAGCCCACACUGGUACAUCCCCAUGCCUUUCCUAGGGCUUCUUCAUGUCAGAUGCACCCAAGUCCUUAGCCCAGCUGUGCCACCUGCAAGAGUCCAUUCUUGCAUUUCUUCCCCUCCCCAAGAAAGGAGGGGGCCACUUCAGGCCCUUCUGUGUAUUGCCUGGGAGGUUACCUUAUCCAACCAGCUACCCACCUCGACUUCCCUGUAGCUUAGGACAUGAGCCAGCUACCAGCAGUACAGAGCAGUGAUCAAAGCCAAGUACUUACAACUCUGGUAAGCCCAGCUUCUCCACCUCAGUCCUUCUGCUUCUUGAAGGGACAUGCUGGGAGUGAAGUUCUUGAGAACCUUAUCAGGCUUCUGCAAAAGCUCUUCUUGAAGACAAACCCAGCCUUUGUGGCUUUCCCCCUCCACUCUGGUUAAGCAGCACCUCUCUUGGGGGAAUGAGGGGCUGCAGGAAUCCCUGGAGACCCUGGUGCUUCAUGAUGCUGCUCUGGUGAUUCUUGUACAUAAUCUGGUGUGUUCACCAGUGAUUUAAAGGGAUCGUGGUCAGGGACGCAGGAGAGAGGUGGUCACUUCCACUUCAAACAUUCAGUGAGGGGGUGGGAUGGAGAGAAUGCUGAAUCUUUUUUUGAUGGGAUGGGGUUUUUCUCUUUAUAAUUAUUUCUUUAGUUUAAUUAACCUUUUGGUUGUUUGUGCAAUAUUAUAUAUUUUAAAUUAUAAUGCAUUUCCCCAGAGUAUUUUGUAGUGGGAAAAGAAAAAAGGAAAAAAAAAAAAAAAAAGAAGAAAAAAGAUUCUAAUAGCUGUUACUUUUAUAAUUAAAAAAGAAAAAAGAACUUUGUCCUGAACCUUUUACAGACUUGCUGUUAACAGCAUUAAAGAGAUUCAACUGAAGCUGGAAGGUGUCUGGGGAUCUGUUUUUGUCCCCCACGGCAGCUGCACUGGAGCCAGGGCAGGACGCACACACUGCACAGGGGUGGCAGGGGAUGCCUGGAUCCUGAGGAAGUCCCUUGUCCUCAUCCUAGACUUAGGUUGGCCUUCAGGAUGAGAAGGGGACAGGGCCUCAACAGGACUCUCAACAGGACAAGGAGUCAGGAGGCCGUUUCUGCAUUCCCAGCACUUCUGCUUUUAUUUGGAAAGGAAGUUGUGACAACAAUGGUUCCAAUUGCUCUUGGUCAUUUUUCUCCUCUCUGUUCCUCCCCUUUGUAUGAUUCUGAGAUCUGUUUUCAUUAACUUUAAACACCUGUAUGAAAACCACUUUUCAGCAACAAUAAAAGGGAAGUCUGAA